CCGUGAAAGCCCCGUCGUGUCACGUGACAGGCUCCAACAUGGCGUCGUGCCGCAGACUGUUGUUGUGUUUACGCUCCGGGAUGUUGUGGAGUUUGUUGUUUUCUUGUGUUUACUCUCCGCUGCAGCUCGUUCUGUCGGAGCAGCUCGACUCCUGCGACACUCUGCAGCUCGGACAGUAUCUGUGUAACAACCCAAAGAUCGAUGAGGCGACGCAGGAGCCGGAGAACUGCCGCGACAUGACGGCGCUCGUGGAGUGCCUCCCAGCUCCAAACAUCAGCUGUCGGCUCUCUAACGGGACGGAGUUCACCUUCAGCGGGUCGGAGGUGGGCUUCAACAAAACCAUCCCCUGCAGGAACGUGAGUGGUUAUUCCUACAAAGUGGCGGUGGCGUUGUCUCUGUUCCUCGGCUGGCUGGGAGCCGACCGCUUCUACCUCGGAUACCCGGCUCUCGGACUGUUGAAGUUUUGCACCGUUGGUUUCUGUGGAAUCGGAACUCUGAUCGACUUCAUCCUGAUCGCCAUGCAGAUCGUGGGUCCAGCUGACGGAUCAAACUACAUCGUGGAUUAUUACGGCGCCCGUCUGACUCGUCUGUCCAUCACCAACGAGACCUACAGGAAGCCUCACCUGUCCCUGUGAACCACACGUGAACACACAGAACUCUGCAGAGAUUCACUAAAGUUUGGAAAUGUUUCAGAAUAAAAGUGCCAUGAAUAGAAGGGUGACGAUCAGAAGACAUUAAAGCUCCUUCAGCAUGUUUCCUCUCUGUCAAACUGUUUCUCCUGACAGGAAGAUCCAGAUGUUUCCAGCUCACCUUACAUCCUCACAUCUGUCCAGCUGCUCACUCUACUGGUUUUUAUUCCUCGUAUGAUUUUGCUGUAAUAUAUAUUGAGGCUUUGCUGCUGUUUUGUCUUUAAGUUAUGAUGUUUUUCCAUGAAAACAGUUUGUAAAUAAAGUUUCUUUUGGUAUAAAUCCA